AGAAGGGAAGAGAGAGUAAAAGAAAAGAAGCGAAGAGCUCUCUCAGAACGAGCGACCCAUUCGAUAUCGAUCUCCUAAAAAACCUACAUUUUGACCACCUUGGCUGGUCAGUCUGUUACCCUUCUUCUCUCUCCCAAUUUACUCUCUUACCCAAAAACCCAUCUGUUGUUUCUCUCUCCCUCUAUUUUAUUUUAUUUUUUUAAAUUUUCUCUUUCCUUUUUCUAAGUUUUAUUCUUUCUAUCUCUGUGUCGCUGGUUAUGGUCAUGACUGUCCAUUAAAACCCUAAUUUCAUCUCUACACUCCUCACUACACAGAAACAAAAGGCAAAAGGGGACUAAAAAGUGGGGAUAUAUGUCCUUCAAGCAAUCAAGGUCCGAUAAGAGCGACUCGCAGUAUCUGAAAUCAGGACGAUCCGCAGGCUCUAAUCAGCAGCGGACCUCCUCAGGUGCUUACGCUAAGGGCGGCGGCGGGCCCGCCCCUUCAUCUUCUUCUGUUGUUUCUUCUUCCAUUUCUUCCGAUCGGAGUUUUAAGAAGUCUAACUAUGUUCAAGGACGGCAGUCAAGGGUACACAUUCCAGCCGCCAAUUCUUCUGAUUCUGUUAAUUCUUCUGCGGCCCGAAACGUACAGAAUGGUGCUCAUGUGCAGCCUCCAUUACCCGGAGCAUCUGAUGCGCAUGUUUCAGUUGGUAUUGGCAAGCCAAAUGAAACACCAAACACUCAGAGGAGUACCCGCGCUGUUCCUAAGGCUCCAACUUCUCAACCUGCCGCCAUGAAUUCUGAGACUGCAUCACCUAUGACACCUGCUAAAGAUGGAUCUAAGGCAUUCCCAUUUCAGUUUGGGUCCAUAAGUCCUGGUUUCAUGAAUGGGAUGCAGAUUCCUGCUCGAACAAGCUCAGCUCCUCCAAAUUUGGACGAGCAGAAACGUGACCAGGCACGCCAUGAUACAUUUAGAGCUGUGCCUCCAUUGCCAACUCCUGCUCCUAAGCAACAAUUAUCCAGGAAGGAUGUAAGUGUUAUUGACCAUUCUAGUGCUGGGGAGGCUAAUCCAUUGCCCAAAGCCAAGAAGGAUGUCCAAGUCUCAACUGCACAGGCUGUGAGCCAGACACAAAAGUCAUCGGUUCUUUCUCUUCCUAUGCCUUCCAUUCAAAUGCCAUUUCAUCAGCCACCAGUGUCUGUGCAGUUUGGCGGGCCAAACCCACAGAUUCAGCCACAAGGUGUCACGCCAACUUCUCUUCAAUUGCCAAUGUUGCCAAUGGGAAAUGCCCCCCAAGUGCAACAGCCAAUGUUUGUUCAAGGUCUUCAACAACAUCCAUUGCAGCCUCAGGGGAUCAUGCAUCAGGGCCAGGGCUUGAGUUAUACACCUCAAAUGGGACCUCAGCUGCCUCCUCAGUUAGGCAACUUAGGAAUUGGGAUCACCUCACAAUAUCCUCCACAACAAGGAGGAAAAUUUGGUGGUCCUCGUAAAACAACUGUUAAGAUUACUGAUCCAAAAACACAUGAAGAGUUGAAGCUUGAUAAGCAGACAGAUACAUAUCUAGAUGGUGGAUCAUCAGCCCUUAGGCCUCAUCCUAAUAUGCCUCCUCAAUCCCAGCCAAUUCCAUCAUUUGCGCCUACUCAUACAAUCAGUUACUAUCCAAAUUCUUAUAAUCCAAAUAAUCUAUUUUUUCAAUCUUCGAGUUCCCUACCACUGACCAGCAGCCAGAUAGCACCCAAUUCUCAGCCACCUAGGUUUAACUAUUCUGUUAGCCAAGGUCCACAAAAUUUAUCAUAUUUAAAUUCACCUUCCAUUAAUUCUCUGUCGGUUAACAAGUCUGGGACUUCAAUGCAUUGUGUUGCAGAGUCAUCAAAUGUGGAACAUGCUCGUGAUGCACAUCAUGUGAUCUCAUCUGCUCCAUCUGGAACAGUGCAGGUGAAAGUGAAACCAACAGCUAGUUUUAUUAGGGAGAAGGUUGUGGACUCACUGUCAUCUAAUAGGUCAUCUGCUAUUGAAAAGGGUGGAUCUGUUAAACCUUCAAGCUCCCCUGUGGAAGGUAGCUCAUCUAAUGUACAAAAAGACGCUGAAAAAAUUCCUGAAAGUUCUUUACUGCUUUCAAAACCUGUUAGUGAAUCUUCAAAGUCCGAGUCAUUGCCAGAGGAAUCUAGACAAUCUGUGGUAGUCGCUGUUGAUAGUAUGGCAUCUAGUUCUUCAUUACCUGCUGCAAUUGUUCUUUCUGAGGAAUUAGUGCAAGUUGGAAGCAACAAUGAAGGUAAAAGAAAGGGAACUCUGAGCAGGUCAAACUCCAUUAGGGAUCAUCAGAAGAAGCCAGGCAAACAAGAAUAUAUCCAGUCCCAGCUUCAGAUCGAUGAGCACACGAUAUCAAGGGAUCCUUGUCAUAAUAUAGAACAAGGAAUAUCUGACAGCAGAGUUUCUGAUUAUGUAGAAACUGCAACAACUCUUUCUUCAUCUGUGACCAGCGAAGGUUUGACAGAAUUAAGCCAGGAAUCAGCUCCAAUGAUCAGCACUUCAACUUCUCAAACUUCUCAAGUUUCUGAAGCCAAGUUUGAUGAUUCUGGAGAUGGUUUUGUUGGUGUUCCUUCUGAAGUUUCUGGUGUUCAAGGUAUUGUUUGUGUUGCAGAUGCUGCUCAACAAGCGAAAGUAGAUGAUUCUUCCCUGCAGGAACGGCUUAAUUAUGGAACUCAAGAAACUGAAGAGCAAGGAGAAAAGGGAUUGCCUGAAGGUCCCAAACGUGACGCUUUGACAGGAACAGAUUUUGGCAACGAGGUUCAGAACUUAGAGACUAUGGGGGGAGGGCUAGGUGAACCUGUGACUUGCCAUAUAGAAAAUGACAGGAUGUCAGAUGGCAUGGGUGUUUCUGCAUCUGGAAAUUUGGUAGCUGCAGAUGUUGGGAAUUUCCAUGCUGAUGACAACCCGACAUUUGAUGUGUCAUCAAGCAAAAGUGAAAAUGUGUGUAGGAAAGAAGUAUCUGUUGUGAAAGCUGGUGCAGCAGAUAAGCAGUUUGUCCCAGUUCCAACUCUGGAUCCAUCCAAGGCAAAUUCAGGGCAUGAAGGCGAAGUUGUUGAAAUUAAUGGUGCUGGCUUGGUCUCCCUCGCAGUUUCCAGUUCUAAGGACAAAGCAGUUGACCUUACUAGAACCAGGAGUACCACUGCCAAACAGAAAAAGAAGAGAAAAGACUUUCUUCAGAAAGCUGAUGCUGCAGGGACUACUGCUGAUCUUUAUAUGGCAUAUAAAGGUCCUGAAGAAAAGAAAGAAACUAUUGCUUCUUCAAAAGUAAUGGAAAACACUUCUACUAGCUCUAAUGUGAAGCAGGCACCUGUGGAUGCACUUGAAGUGGAUUGUAUGACAAGUGAGAGAGGCGUCCAGAAUAAAGCUGAGCCAGAUGAUUGGGAAGAUGCGGCUGACAUCUCAACACCAAAACUAGAAACUUUAGAUAAUGGGGAGCAGGCAUUUGGUGGAUUGGCACAACAUGAAAGAACUGAGAAUGCUACUACAGCAAAAAAGUAUUCCAGGGAUUUUCUUUUGAAAUUUUCUGCGCACUGUACUGAUCUUCCUGAAAAUUUUGAAAUUACAUCUGAUGUUGCAGAGGCUUUUAGUGUUUCUAAUUUUGUGGAGCGGGAUUCAUAUCCUAGUCCUGGAAGAGUCAUCGACAGGUCAACUAGUGGGUCUCGGAUGGACCAUCGUGGAAGUGGUGUGGUUGAUGAUGAUCGAUGGAGUAAACUACCUGGCCCCUUUGGCAUGGGGAGGGAUUUACGUGUGGAUAUUGGUUAUGGAGGUAAUACAGGAUUUCGACCUGGCCAAGGAGGAAAUUAUGGUGUUCUAAGGAAUCCGCGGGCACAGAGUCCUCAAUAUGUGGGAGGUAUCCUAACUGGCCCUGCACAGUCAAUGGGUCCUCAGGGAGGUAUGAGAAAUAACCCAGAUGCCGAUAGGUGGCUGCGUGCUACAAAUUUCCAGCAAAAGGGAUUGAUUCCUUCUCCUCAGACUCCAUUGCAGAUGAUGCACAAGGCUGAGAAAAAGUAUGAAGUGGGUAAAGUGGCGGAUGAAGAAGAGGCCAAACAAAGGCAGUUGAAAGCUAUCUUGAACAAGCUAACUCCGCAAAAUUUUGAGAAACUUUUUGAGCAAGUGAAAGCAGUUAACAUAGACAAUGCUGCCACACUUACUGGCGUUAUCUCACAGAUCUUUGACAAAGCUUUGAUGGAGCCUACUUUCUGUGAAAUGUAUGCCAACUUCUGCUAUCAUCUGGCUGGAGGGUUACCUGAUUUUACAGAAAAAAAUGAGAAGAUAACUUUCAAGAGGUUACUUCUUAACAAGUGCCAGGAAGAGUUUGAGAGGGGGGAGAGAGAGCAAGAAGAAGCUAAUAAAGCUGAUGUGGACGGUGAGAGUAAACAGUCAGAAGAAGAAAGAGAAGAAAAACGAAUUAAUGCACGAAGACGAAUGCUUGGCAACAUAAGAUUAAUCGGGGAGUUGUAUAAGAAGAAAAUGUUGACUGAGAGAAUAAUGCAUGAAUGCAUCAAAAAACUCCUGGGUCAGUAUGAGAAUCCUGAUGAGGAAGAUAUUGAGGCUUUAUGCAAACUAAUGACUACAAUUGGAGAUAUGAUUGACCAUACCAAAGCCAAGGAACAUAUGGAUGCCUAUUUUGAAAGGAUGGCAAUAUUAUCAAAAAACAUGAAAUUAUCUUCGAGGGUUAGGUUCAUGUUGAAGGAUGCUAUUGAUCUGAGAAAGAACAAAUGGCAGCAGAGGAGGAAGGUUGAAGGGCCAAAAAAGAUUGAGGAAGUGCAUAGAGAUGCUGCUCAAGAACGACAGCAUCAAGCCAGUAGGCUGGCUCGCAAUUCUAGCAUAAAUCUAUCUGCAAGGAAGGUACCUACGGAUUUUGGGCCAAGAGGUUCAGCCACUUUGUCUUCCCCAAAUACUCAUAUUGGUGGUUUCCAUGGUUUGCCUGCUCAGGUUCGGGGGUAUGGGAACCAGGAUGUUCGUUUUGAGGAGAGACAGUCAUAUGAGGCUAGGACUUCAUCAGUUCCAUUGCGUCGGCCUCUAGGUGAUGAUUCAAUUACUUUGGGUCCACAAGGUGGGCUUGCCAGAGGAAUGUCUAUUAGAGGACCACCUGCAAUGGCAAGCACUCCUAUAGUUGAUAUUUCUCUCAGCCCAGGCGAUUCGAGAAGACAUGCAGCUGGCUUGAAUGGUUUUAGUACUGUGUCUGAGAGGCCAGCUUACAGUCCAAGGGAGGAUUUCAUUCCAGGCUAUGGUCCAGAUAGAUUUGCAGUGCCAGCUGCUUUUGAUCAAAUGAGUGGUCAGGAACAUAAUAUUAGUUAUGCUAACAGGGAUCCUAGGAAUCAAGAUCGCAGUUUUGAUAGAUCUCAUGCAACAUCACCACCUGUGAGAACUCAGGUAACAGCUGUCAGCCAAAACAUUCUGUCAGAGAAGGUUUGGCCUGAAGAACACCUGCAAGACAAGUCGAUGGCAGCUAUUAAAGAAUUUUACAGUGUCAGAGACGAGAAAGAAGUUGCUUUAUGCAUCAAGGAGUUGAAUUCCUCAAGUUUCCAUGCUUCAAUGGUCUCUCUCUGGGUGACGGAUUCAUUUGAGAGGAAGGACAUAGAGAGAGAUCUUUUGGCCAAACUUCUUGUCAAUCUUUCAAGGUCCGAAGAUGGCAUAUUAACUCAACCCCAACUCAUUAAAGGGUUUGAGUCAGUUCUCACCUCUUUGGAGGAUGCUGUCAAUGAUGCUCCAAAAGCAGCAGAGUUUCUUGGUCGCAUGUUUGCAAAAGUUGUAUUAGAAAAUUUAGUUCUUUUGAGAGAAAUUGGGCAACUAUUAUACGAUGGUGGAGAGGAGCCAGGCCGUCUUCUUGAGGUUGGACUUGCAGGCGACGUUCUUGGGUACACAUUGGAGACUAUAAAAGCAGAGAAAGGGGAGAGUGUCUUAAAUGAGAUUCUAAUUAGCUCCAAUUUGCAUCUGGAGGAUUUCCGGCCUCCAGAUCCUAACAGAUCAAGGAUACUAGAAAAUUUUAUUUAGAUGAUAGUGAUGCCGUUGUAAUGUUUAUUAGUGGAAAAAAAAAAAAUCUCAAUGCAUCUAGGUUACAAUUUGCAAAA